AUGGCGAGGAAGCAGGCGACUCUUGAGAGCCUGUUCGCGGGCGAGCCGCCUAGCAAGCGAGCGCGCGCCGAGCCAGUGCCUUCAGAGCCGGCCGAAGUGGCGGGCUCUGAGAAGGAGGCCGCGCAGGCCGCGAUCGUGGUGGCGGAGACACUCGCCGCGAAGCCCGUGCCCAAGGCUAAGGCAGCCAUACCCUACUCGAUGCUGGUGGAUGUGUUUGCACAGGUCGAGGCGACGACGAAGCGACUCGAGAUCUUGCAGCUGGUAACCAACUUGUUUGUGCGGGUGAUCUUGCAGAGCCGCGACAACGACGAGCCGCUCGUCGUGGCGAGCGAGAAUCUGCUGUAUACCGUGUACCUGUGCAUCAACCGGCUGUGUCCCGACUAUGAGGGCCUUGAGCUGGGCAUCGGCGAGGGCUUGCUGAUCAAGGCCAUUGCACAGAGCACAGGGCGCGAGAUAACGCGCAUCAAAAAGGACCUCGAGGCCAAGGGCGACCUGGGGCUCGUGGCGAUGGCGUCCAAGAAACACCAGCCCACCAUGUUCCGCGUGCAGGGCCUCACUGUGCCAUCCGUAUUCAAGCAGCUGAAAGAAAUUGCGGCGGCGUCCGGCGCCAAAUCGCAGGACAAGAAGCUCGGGAUUAUCAAGCGAUUGCUGGCGGCGUGUACAGGUGAUGAGAGCAAGUACCUGAUCCGCAGCUUGGAAGGCAAGCUGCGUAUCGGCCUUGCAGAAAAGACAGUGCUGAUGGCCAUGGCCCAGGCGGUGAUGCUGGCCGAGAUGGGCCCCGCAGCCCAGCACAAAGACGAAGAGGCAUUGGCAGCGCAGCUCGAAGAGGGCGUGCACACCGUCAAGGCGAUCUUUAGCGAGCUGCCGUCGUACGACUUGCUUGUGCCCGCACUGCUAGAGCAUGGCGUCGCAGGUGCGCGCGCGACGCUCCAGCUGACGCCGGGCAUCCCGCUCAAGCCCAUGCUGGCCAAGCCUACGAAGGCGAUUGGGGAGGUGCUGGACCGUUUCGAGGGGCAGGCCUUUACGUGCGAGUUCAAGUAUGAUGGCGAGCGUGCGCAGGUCCAUGGUUUUCUGGGCUCUGACGGGCAGCGCAAGGUAUAUGUGUUCAGCCGCAACUCGGAGGACAUGAGUGUGAAAUACCCCGACCUCAUGGCGCAGAUUCCCCACUGCCUCACGGACGAGGUGCAGAGCUUUGUAUUGGAUGCAGAGGCUGUGGCGUGGAAGAAAGCGGAUGCGGCAGCAGGUGAAACGGAAGGGCGCCUAUUGCCGUUCCAGGAGCUCAGCCGGCGCAAGCGCAAGGAUGUCAGGGCGGAAGAUGUGCAGGUUGCCGUCAAGCUGUUCGGUUUUGAUCUGCUGUACCUGAAUGGGCAGCCACUGCUGCACGAGACGCUUGAGCGUCGGCGCGAACUGCUACAGGCCCACUUCCGGCCCGUGCGUGACGAGUUUGACUAUGCGACACACCGUGACUGCAUUACGACCGAGGAGAUCCAGACAUUUUUAGACGAAAGCAUUGCGUGCGGGUGUGAGGGCCUCAUGGUCAAGAUGCUGCAGGGCGGCGAUGCGACGUACGAGCCAAGCCGGCGCUCGAUCAACUGGCUGAAGCUGAAGAAAGAUUACUUGUCCGGCACGGGCGACAGCCUGGACCUGGCGGUGAUUGGCGGUUACUACGGCAAAGGCAAGCGCACCAACGUAUAUGGCGCCUUUCUGCUGGCUUGCUGGUUCACCGAGGCGGACCUGGCGUCACACCAUGCGACGCUCCAGGCGCUCGAGAUCCACCAGAAGAAGGGGUACUAUGACGUGGGUGAGGCCAAGCCGGAUGUACGUAAAGCCACUAACAAUAGAUGCGCGUGGCAUUUCCCUGCGGUUCCCACGUUUCCUACGUACGUGGCCCCUACUGACGCAGGCAUCCGCGACGACAAGACACCUGAAGCGUCUACGACGCCUGAGCAGGUCGCCAACAUGUACCGCGCACAGGCGGUAGCGAGCCAAGGCGCGCGUGGCAUCGACGACGACGACGGGUUCUGGUAG